CAUCCACAUCUCCCCUCCAAUCCUUUCAACUCCCUUUAAUUUUUGUCUCUACUUGCAAUCUUCCUCCAUACACACUUCAAAUAUGUGUUCCAAGUGUAAAAUCUUGACAGCACACCACAUCAUCAACAUUCUCUCUCGUCGUUCCCAUAUAAACCAAUUCAAAAUCAGUCCCCCCCUUCCUACCUUAGUAUCUGCUAAACCCUCCAAUUAUCCCCAGAUUCCAAGGAGCAUAAUUAUUAAGUUUAGAGGAAGCUUGGUAUGGCUGGAACGUUCAAGAAAUGCAUUACGCUGUGCUGCACCAGGAAACCCGUGAAAGAGGAAAUGGUAAAGGACACGUACGAGGAAGCCAUCGCAGGACUGAAGAAGCUUCUUAGUGAGAAAGGCGAGCUGGAGGCGGCUGCCGCCGCGAAGAUCAGACAGUUGACGGCGGAGUUGGGUGGGGCCACCGAGAAGGGGGCGGUUGAGAAGCCGGCCUCGGACCCGGAUGAGAGGAUCCGAACCGGGUUCGAUCACUUCAAGAAAGAGAAAUACGACAAAAAUCCUGCUUUAUAUGGUCAGCUUGCCAAAGGACAAGCCCCAAAGUUCUUGGUUUUUGCGUGCUCGGAUUCCCGAGUAUGCCCUUCCCACGUCUUGAAUUUCCAACCAGGGGAGGCAUUCAUGGUCCGAAACAUUGCCAACAUGGUUCCACCAUUUGACAAGACGAAAUAUUCGGGAGUGGGGGCUGCCAUUGAAUAUGCAGUACUGCAUCUGAAGGUGGAGAACAUAUUGGUAAUUGGGCACAGCUGUUGUGGAGGCAUAAAGGGGCUCAUGUCCAUUCCUGAGGAUGCCACCACUCACACUCAUCAGAGUGAUUUUAUAGAAGAGUGGGUCAACAUUUGCAAGGCUGCUAAGGCGAAGGUGCGAACAGAAUGCAGCAAUUUAGAUUUCGAUCAGCAGUGCACUCUCCUUGAGAAGGAAGCUGUGAAUAUAUCACUGGCCAACUUGUUAAGCUAUCCAUUUGUGAGGGAAGGUGUGAUGAAGAAAACCCUUUUGUUGAAGGGAGGACACUAUGAUUUUGUCAAGGGUUCUUUCCAGCUUUGGGACUUCGACUCCAAGCCAUUACCCUCUAUCACACUCUGACUAAUAUAUAUAUAUAUAUAUAUAUAUAUAUAACCUUGUCAUGUCAUCAUGUAAUGUAACUCUUACCAUGAUGUAAAAUUAAGACAUUCCCUUGUCCCUAAUAAUAAGUUUCUCUAUUUGGCUUCUUUAUCUUUGGUCUGUAAAUUAAGCAAGCUACUGUCCAGUACUGUUGCUCAUGCUCUGUAAAAUGACAGUUUAUUUAAUUUUC